AUGAAGAACGCUCUUGCGCUCAAGCAUCUCGCAGAGAGCCUUGCGCUCCCGAUGGUGGGUAUCGACAAGGGUCUGAAGAGCAGUUACCUCAGCCCGAGACCGCUCAACAUCCCCACGAGCUACCCUUAG